AUGGCCCAAACCUUGACGAUGCUGCUCGUGAGGAAGCUGCUUCCCCUCGUCCUGCUCCAGGCAGGUCUCGGACUUGCCGGCAGCCUCUCCCGAAGCUGGGUUAUUGGGGGAAAGGAGGCGGUGCCCCAUUCCCGGCCCUUUAUGGCGUCCAUACAGAUGAAUGGGGAGCAUAUCUGCGGUGGGUUUUUGGUGCGACGCAAAUGGGUGAUGACGGCAGCUCACUGCCUGAUUUCCAAGCAGCAACCCUUCCUCAUUGUGCUGGGCGCUCACUCCCUCAAGACGCCCGAGGCCUCACGGCAAACCUUCGGCAUCCAGCAGUCGGUUGCUCACCCCCUUUAUGACGCCGGGACGGUGCGGAACGACAUCCGCUUGCUCAAACUGAACGGCUCCGUCAUCUUCAACCGGGAUGUCCGGCGCAUCAGGCUCCCCAGAAUGAACACCGACCCCCACCCUGGAGUCAGGUGCCAAGUGACCGGCUGGGGGGACAUCUCGAAUUUCGGAACCAUCCCCACCAAGCUGAUGGAAACCAACGUGACCAUUGUGGACAGGAAGGCGUGCAACGCUUCGUGGGCCGGCAACGUCUUCAACGGGAUGCUCUGUGCGGCCAACACGAGCCCCGCCCUGCGAGGGUUCUGCUCAGGUGACUCCGGUGGACCCCUCCUUUGCGGGAGCAGAGUUCAAGGGAUCGUGUCCUUCAACGGCAAGCGAUGUGGGGACCGUAGGUACCCUGAUAUCUACACCCGUAUCUCCAAAUACAUCCUCUGGGUUCGUUACAUCCUGAAGAUGUAUUGAUCGAGGGUCUCAAGGCGUGUGGGGCUUGUGGAGGUCCUAGAGGAGAGCUGCCUGCUUUGUGGGGGAAGGAAGUGGUGCAUUCGAGAACUGCGUGCGCAUUCAAGAAGCCAUUUUUCGAAAAAUAAAACCGCAAACAGCA